UCAUGUAUUCCAAGAAGUGAUUUAGAAAAAAUAGCAUUUUCCAUCUUAUAGUACAUUGAUUGCCCACCUUUAGUCGUUGGUUGGGCAACCAACCUCUUUACACCACCACAUUUCCUCCUCUACCCAUGCUUAAACCCAAAAAUUUUCAGAUUGAGAAUAGUUGAUGCAGGGGCAGAAAAGUCAGUUUGGACCCCAAUCCAUUGUCCCAGAUGGAAUGAGUAGUGAAGAAGCAAGAAAAUGAAGUGGCAAUCCAUUGCCCCAGAUGGAAUGGCAAGUGAAGGAGCAAGAAAAUAAAGUGGUGUAACAGGGAACAACUGUUGUUUUGCCUCAUUGGAAACAUCUGGUCCUACAUGCAUGGGCAGGCUUUAAUGGCUACGCACCUCUCUCUCUAUGCUUUUGUCUGUGUGCUGUUGGGGGGUUAUGUAAGUGCAGAUAGAGAUUGGGUCCGAGUUUAAUGCCAUCUCUUUAGGCUGAAAAUGUUGGAAAUUAAUUGGUUGUCGGGGGCUUCAAAUGAGUGAUGCUUGCCGACAAUGCGCUUGUACUGGUGGCAACAGCUGCCGCUGCUUAUACUGAUUCAACUUCUAGAACCCAAUAGGCUGAGCCACAAACUGUAUGCUGAAGCUUUACUUACUUGCAAGAGCACAGUUGGUAGUCCUCGGCAAUUCAGUGGUAGGGCCGGGAGAUACCCUGGCCUGAGACAAUGGGUAUUUGUCGAUUAUCAUAAGCUGAAAGACCAAGGUGUUGUUUCUUUGUUCCCAAAAGCCCAUCCUCCAUCUCCACAGAUUAGAGCAAUCAACUUAUCACCUUUUGCUCCAAAGUUGUAUCUCUCACACAAAUCAAUUCAAUCACAAGCAAAGCUGCAUAAAACAAGAAAUUUGAGGAUAACAGCAGCAGUUGAUGGGGAUAGUGGUGUUCCUACACUUACGACUUUGCCACCAACUAAUGUUAAUAAACCAAGCAAGCAGAGACUAGCUGCCAUUGUUGGGGGUAUUGGUGCAGCCCUGCUUGUGGUGAUAAUUGUAGUACUUGUCUACAUCUGCUUGAUGCGUGUUAAAAGAUUUAUAAGGCGAACAUCUGAGACAGCAUCUUCUGUACCAUCUCCUCCUGUUGAGUGGGAUGGAAGGAACACUUCUCUACAGGCCAGUGCUCUCUCUCCAUAUGGUACAACGCAUUUAAGACAAUUAACAAUCAUGGAGCUGGAGCAUGCUACUUGCAAUUUCAGUCAAAAUAAUAUUAUAGGUGAAGGUGGAUUUGGUUUAGUUUAUAAAGGAUUGCUUCUAGAUGGAUCUAUUGUGGCUAUCAAAAGACGCUUGCAUACCCCAACUCAAUUUUUUGCUCAUGAGGUAAAACGCAUAGCUCGUGUCCAGCACAAGCAUCUUGUGAAGCUAAUUGGUUAUUGUGAAGAAAACCAUCAACAGCUACUUGUAAAUGACUAUCUCCAGAAUGGGAAUGUUGGGAAUCACCUUUUUGCUUCAGAUAGUGAAGGUUUACCGAUUGGAAGGCUAGAAAUAUGGCAAAGGUUAUCAAUUGCACUCGGUGCAGCCAAAGGGCUUGAGCAUCUUCACAGUUUGGUGCCUUCUUUCCUACACAUGCACUUCAGAACAAGCAAUGUACUUGUGGAUGAAAACUUUACUGCUAAGGUUUCUGAUUUUGGGCUUUCUAGAUUGCUGGCUGAGGGUGCUCGAGCUGGAUCCUCUUCUGCGAUCGACUGCUUUCUUGACCCAGAGUUGAGAUCAUCAAAGGAUUUUUCAGAGACAAGUGAUGUAUACAGUUAUGGGGUCUUCUUACUGGAGUUGAUCAGCGGACGUGAAGCACAUGGCAGGGAUGAGCCAAACUCGCAACAAAAUCUAGUACUGCAUGCUAGAUGCAUCAAUGAUCUCAACAAUUUCGUGGAUAAGACAUUAGGAGAUCACACAAUGGAUGCAGUGAAAGAGAUGAUGGAGUUGGCUCUGGCAUGUGUAGACACUAGUGUGAGAAGACCUACAAUGAAGAAGGUGGUUGAAGAGCUAGAAAGGAUUCAACACAGGGAAAUUGGUCAUCUGCAGGCCCAGUUGGGUGAGGAAAUUGGUGUUGUAACACUAGGGAGUGAGCUCUUUAAAUGAGCCCCCUGCCUCAUUGGCUCAUUGGCUCAUUGCAUUAUUGUAAUAAUUCUUUUAUUAAAUUAAUUGAUUGUAAUUAUUGAACAUCACCUUAAUCAUAAGAUAAAUUUCUUAAUCAGUAAAUAAAUCAAAAGAAACCUUCCUGUGAAGUGAAGUUGUAUUUGGUUGAAGGGGUUGUAUAUUGUUACUAUUGUAUA